UCCUGCGUGUUUUCUUUCAUCUCUAUUGUCUAACACUACUUUUUCACACAAAAACGUUUUGCGUUUCCGGUCUGCUUUAGCCGCCUUUUAGCAAAAACAUGCCUGAACUCACUGAAAUCAAGAACGAAGCACCUUCGACCUCCGCUGAGGCGAAGAAGCCCGAGGAUGCUGAGGUUCGCGUUGAGGAUGAUGAUGGCAGCGAGAGCGACUCUGAGAUGAUUCCAGAGCUGGAGGAGGCCGACACUGGCGCAACUCAGCUGGGUGGCGGUGCCACCGGUCUGCCCAUCGAUAUGGUGUCAAAGGCCAAACAGUCACGUGGUGAGAAGAAGGCACGUAAAAUCAUGCUGAAACUCGGUCUGAAGCAGAUUCAGGGUGUGAACCGUGUGACCAUCCGCAAGUCAAAGAACAUUCUGUUUGUCAUCAACAAUCCCGAUGUGUACAAGAAUCCCCAUAGCGAUACAUACAUUGUCUUUGGCGAAGCCAAGAUUGAGGAUCUGUCCCAGCAAGCGCAAGUCGCUGCUGCUGAGAAGUUCAAGGCCCCAGAAGCAGCUGGUGCUGCUGAUAGUGUGGGUGCCGCUACCAUGGUGGCGCCUAUUGCCGAAGAGGAUGAGGAGGAAGUUGACGACACUGGCGUCGAUGAAAAGGAUAUUGAGCUGGUCAUAGCGCAGGCGAACACAACGCGUGCGAAGGCUAUAAAGGCGCUGAAGAACAAUAGCAACGACAUUGUAAAUGCCAUCAUGGAGCUAACAAUGCUUUAAGUCAUCGUGGGAACUUCAUUGCUUUCGUUGAUUACCCGCCUUUCGAUAAAAAUAAAACAGAACCACAAUACCCCAAAAAUGUUAUAAGCAUGCACACGUGCAUGCAAAUUUAAGAACAAAAAGAAACCAGUCGAUAAUUUAACAAUUUAACAGGAAAAGAAUAAAGUGACUAUUCAGAAUCAGAAA